CCCAAUCGCCAGCCCGGAAAGCAAUAUCCCGAAACUUACGUCAAAAGACUGAAGUCUUCGGCACCAGUGUGACCGUUUCUGUACGAAUUCCUCUUCGGCGGCGAUCUCACCUUCCCUCGCGACUUCCUAAUUAUUGCAAUCCACCGCGUCGAUCUAAGUUUCCUUCCCCAUCCACCCUCACUCCGAUCACAUCUCCGUGUCUUUGUCUCAUAUCAGGAAGUUCUAGGCGAUGAUUUUGUUGUAGGUUUGAGAUCGGAGUGAAUAGCUUCAUGGCGUCCAUGGCGGAUACUAGGCGGUAUGCUCUCGGGAAUCAAUUAGAUAUCGAGCAAAUACUCUUAGAAGCACAGAAUCGAUGGCUGCGCCCUGCUGAAAUUUGUGAAAUUCUUCGAAAUUAUAGAAAAUUCCGUAUUUGCCCAGAGCCUGCAAAUAUGCCACCAAGUGGUUCACUUUUUCUUUUUGAUCGGAAGGUGUUGAGGUACUUUAGAAAAGAUGGCCAUAACUGGAGGAAGAAAAAAGAUGGGAAGACAGUGAAGGAAGCUCAUGAGAGGCUCAAGGCUGGAAGCAUUGAUGUUUUGCAUUGCUACUAUGCCCAUGGAGAAGAUAACGAAAACUUUCAAAGACGCAGCUAUUGGAUGCUUGAAGAGGAGCUCUCACACAUAGUUCUUGUCCACUACCGGGAAGUAAAGGGAAAUAGGACAAGCUUUAAUCGCAUUAAAGAGACUGAAGGAGCUUUAAUCAAUUCCCAAGAAACAGAAGAAGUUGUACCCAAUUCUGAGACGGACUGUUCUGUGUCUUCUAGUUUUCCCAUGAAUAGUUACCAAAUGGCUUCACAAACCACUGACACAACGAGCCUGAACAGCGCUCAAGCAUCAGAAUAUGAAGAUGCUGAGUCAGCAUAUAAUCACCAAGCCAGUUCCAGACUCCACUCUUUUCUUGAGCCUGUGAUGGAGAAGGGUGAUGCACUUACUGCUCCUUACUACCCUGCACCAUUUUCAACAGAUGAUUACCAAGGAAAGUUGGACAUUCCUGGGGCUGAUUUUACCUCACUUGCUCAAGAAAGUAGCAGCAAGGAUUCUAACAGUGUUGGUAUAUCAUAUGAGCUUCCAAAAAAUCUUGACUUCCCAUCAUGGGAAGAUGUCUUGGAAAAUUGUAAUGCUGGAGUUCAAUCUAUGCCUUCUCAGACACCAUUUUCAUCUACACGAGCUGGUACUAUGGGUAUCAUUCCUAAACAAGAAAAUGAGAUUUUGAUGCAGCUUUUGACAGACGGCUUUAGUAGAAAGCAAGAGUUUGGGAGUGAUCCACAAGGUCAAGACGAGUGGCAGACUUCUGAAGGGUAUUCUGCACAUUUAUCUAAGUGGCCCGGGGAUCAGAAGUUGCAUUCAGACUCAGCAUAUGGUCUCUCAACUAGGUUUGACAUACAGGAAGCCAAUUGUGUGGAUUUACUGAAUUCUUUGGAGCCUGGACAUGCAUAUCCUGAUGGGCAGAAGGGUCAUCCUUUGCAAAAUGACUUUCAAAUACAGCUUUUAAAUGUAGAUCAUGGAUGCUAUCAGAAAUCAGAUUCAGAAAGAAAUAUGAUCACAGAGGGAAAAGCCAACUAUUCCUCUGCUUUAAAACAGCCUUUGCUAGAUAGCUCUCUAACGGAGGAAGGUCUGAAGAAGGUUGACAGCUUCAACCGAUGGAUGAGUAAAGAACUAGGAGACGUUAAUGAGUCACAUAUGCAGUCCAGGCUGUCCAGCUCUGCAGCCUACUGGGAUACUGUUGAGAGUGAAAAUGGAGUUGAUGAGUCUAGCAUUUCUCCUCAAGGACACUUGGACACCUAUAUGCUGGGUCCCUCCCUUUCCCAUGAUCAGCUUUUCAGCAUAAUUGAUUUCUCACCUAACUGGGCUUACGUGGGCUCAGAAGUCAAGGUCCUCAUUAUGGGAAAAUUCUUGAAGGGCCAACAGGAUGCAGAAAAAUGUAAAUGGUCAUGUAUGUUUGGUGAAGUAGAAGUUCCAGCUGAGGUCAUAUCAGAUGGUGUUCUUCGUUGCCAUACUCCCAUACACAAAGCUGAAAGGGUUCCUUUUUAUGUUACAUGCUCCAAUAGGUUAGCGUGUAGUGAAGUACGAGAAUUUGAAUACCGUGUCAACCCUAUUCGCGAUGUGGAUACUGCAGAUGUCUCUAGUGGCAGUACAAGUGAAAUUUUCCUUCAUAUGAGAUUUGUAAAACUAUUGUCUUUGGCCCCUUCCUCAAAUUCUGGGCUGAGCAAUGAGGGUGAUAGAUUCCCUUUGAACAGCAAAAUCAGUUCACUAAUGGAAGAAGACAAUGAUGAAUGGGAGCAGAUGUUAAUGCUUACUUCAGAGGAGUUCUCACCUGAAAAGGCUAAGGAGCAGCUGCUUCAGAAGUUGCUGAAGGAGAAGUUGCACGUGUGGCUCCUUCAGAAGGCAGCUGAAGGUGGAAAAGGUCCAAAUGUAUUAGAUGAGGAUGGCCAAGGGGUGCUUCAUUUUGCAGCUGCUCUUGGCUAUGAUUGGGCUAUACCACCCACAACUGCUGCAGGUGUUAGUGUCAAUUUCCGUGAUGUGAGUGGAUGGACUGCACUUCACUGGGCAGCAUUUUGUGGCAGAGAGCGGACUGUUCCUUUCCUCAUCUCUCAAGGUGCUGCUCCUGGAGCAUUGACAGAUCCAACUCUCAAAUAUCCUGCAGGCAGAACGCCUGCAGACUUAGCUUCUAGCAAUGGACACAAAGGAAUUGCUGGUUAUCUUGCAGAAUCUGCUUUAAGUGCACACCUUCAAUCUCUUAAUUUGAAAGAAACCAAGGAAGCUGAUGCUGCGGAAAUUUCUGGAAUAAAAGCUGUACAAACGAUUUCUGAACGGAGCCCAACUCCAAUCAGCACUGGGGAUCUCCCCCUGAAGGAUUCAUUAGCUGCCGUCUGUAAUGCUACUCAAGCUGCUGCUCGUAUUCAUCAAGUCUUCAGGGUUCAGUCAUUCCAAAAGAAGCAGCAAAAAGAGUAUGAUGAUGGAAAAUUUGGAAUGUCAGAUGAGCAUGCUCUCUCACUUAUUGCUGUUAAAAGCAGGCUAGGACAACAUGAUGAACCUGUGCAUGCUGCUGCAACACGGAUACAAAAUAAGUUCCGCAGUUGGAAGGGAAGAAAAGACUUUUUGAUAAUCAGGCAGCGGAUUGUUAAAAUUCAGGCCCAUGUAAGAGGCCACCAGGUCAGGAAAAACUAUAGAAAGAUAAUCUGGUCUGUAGGAAUUUUGGAGAAGGUAAUUUUGCGCUGGAGACGGAAAGGGAGCGGUUUGCGAGGUUUCAAACCAGAAACACACACUGAGGGCACAAGCAUGCGAGACAUAUCCUCGAAGGAGGAUGAUUAUGAUUUCCUAAAAGAGGGAAGAAAGCAAACAGAGGAAAGAUUGCAAAAGGCCCUUGCUAGGGUGAAGUCCAUGGUUCAGUAUCCAGAGGCUAGAGAUCAAUACCGUAGGCUGCUGAAUGUUGUCACUGAGAUCCAGGAAACCAAGCAGGUUGUGUACGACAGAGCUCUCAACAGUUCGGAAGAAGCGGCUGAUUUUGAUGACCUGAUUGAUCUCCAAGCAUUGUUGGAUGAUGACACCUUCAUGCCUACAGCAUCUUGAGUGAAGAUCUUUGUGGUUUUAUGGUGUGCUAUUAUUAUUCAUAGGCUGUGCCAAAAAACCAAAAUUCAGGUGUAAAUCUAAUAACCGAGUCCACCUAAUCAUCCCCUUUAUAAAGUGGGUUAGGGUUUUAGGGUUUAGGAGUUCUCCCAAACACAAAGUGGUUGUAAUAUCAUCUUAUGCUGCUACAUCUGAUUAUGUUUGUGCAUUUGUAAUUUGUAGGCGAGUCUGAUAUAAAUUAUUAUUUAGGAAUCUAACAUUGUACUGCAUCCAUUAGCUUUAAUAGAAAAAACAAGAAGGAAAAUUAAUAUUUGUUUUA